CGAAGAAAGAGAGAAAUUAGAAAAUUGUUUUUUUUUUCAUUCCGUUCCUCCCAUUCUUAGAUUUUUAUAAAAUUGCGAUGAUAUUCAUAUCACUACUGCUAACAUCUUUAGUUUUAACAUGUGCAGAAGAUAAUUCACAAGGAUACUGCAUCGCAAAUGAACAAUCGUGUGCCACACAACUUGAAGAGGAAGAAGAAAAAUUCAUAUUUUACGAUGUAAAUCCUCCUGAAGGUUUCAAUUUGAGGCGCGAUGUCUACAUGAGGUUCGCUAUAAUGAUGUCAGAAGCUAGAAAGCAGGGGAGGCGAAAAAAUUGGAAUUUGGUCUUACCUCCCUGGUAUAAUUUGUACCAUUGGAAAACUGCCGAUGUCUCCAACGAACCUUUGCCGUGGAGCAUGUUUUUCGACGUAGAAUCACUGAAGGCUUUCGCUCCAGUAGUGGAGCUACAUGAACUAUUUUCUAAAACCAAAAGAAAACAUUUUCAGAUCGACAGAUUGUAUGUGUUGCAAAAUUUUCCAAAUGCUUUCGAAAAUGGCGUUUUCGAUGACAAAUGGGAGAUCAACACACAUUGUGACUAUACGGCUAGUUUCUGGGGAUACAAGAACGUUACAGUCAAAGAAAUAGUAUGUGUCAAAUUCCAGGGUAUGAUAUCAAAGUUAUGGGAAGUUGUCAUGCAAAGUUCUCACAAGUAUGUGAUGUUUGCCCAUGGAGAGAUUCCCCUGCACGACAACUACGGUUCUAAAAGCUUUUGGGAAUGCAGAAAGAGUAUGAAAUUCAGCAAGAAACUCAUUGAAACAGCUAAAAAAUACAUCUCAGAGAAUCUUCACUGUGAAGGCGAUAUAUGUAGCACAUACAUCAGUGUUCACUGGAGGAGACAAGACUUUGCUAGAGCUCGUAAGAGAGACGUCCCAUCUAUAAAGGGUACUUCCACACAAAUAGAUAAAGCCAUCAAGAAACAUAACUCUGAUAUUGUAGACGUUUUCAUAGCGUCAGACGCACAAUAUUCUGAAUUAAUUCAGUUGGAGAAUCAAUUGAAAAAUUUGGGUUACAGAGUUCAUUUUUAUUCACCAACAGAAAAUGAUUUACAAGAACUCCGGGACGGCGGCAUAGCAAUUGUAGAUCAGAUAAUCUGUACACAUGCAGCUUAUUUUAUCGGCACCCAUGAAAGUACAUUUACAUUCAGGAUACAAGAGGACAGGGAGAUAUUAGGCUUUGAGAGUUCCACCACAUUUAACCGACUCUGCCCCGAUACCGGGAGAUGUGAGAAACCAUCCAAGUGGACGAUUGUCCAAUAACAGAUGGAAAAUACUUGAAGACAUCUGGUUCCACCUUCAAAAUUAAAGAAAAUUAUAAAGAAGAAGGACCACAGUGUAAAAAAGAAUAAAUAUUAUGACCUAACAAAUGAACUAACUAAAAAUGGCUAUGUAGUUAGUCUGUACGCCAUAGAAGUGAGUGCGAUGUAGAUCUUGUCAAAUGUGUCUACGCAGGAAGAACAACACGAGUGUUAAUCAAUUGUCAAGGAAUUCCCUUAACCCUACGUCCGUUGGUCACAAGUCCAGGACUCUGCUUGGAGUUUUGCCCUCUGCCACGUGAUUGACCCAGCACCUGCAUGGUGAUAUAAGAUAUUCAUCUCUACACUAGCUACUAUCAUUAUUAGUUCUGAAAACCAUGUACCCAGGGCAUAGAGGAACUAGAUAUGGAGAUGCAGCAAUACAAAUAUACAAAAAUUAAACAUCAACUCUAUAGAAACAGUUUUUAUAAACAUCUUCGUUUAAUGAUCUUAUACUUUGACAGAGGGACAAUAUCUAGGAAGGUGUGAGUCCUAUAUUAUAAUAACUAGCGGUCGCCCGCGACAUCGUCCGCAUGAAAGUCAAUGUAAACUUUCAACUACCCUACCCCUACGUUACCCCUACCCUAUCCAUUAAGGCUGCACACGCGGCGGAAAAAUCCAUCGCGGGAUUUGUGAAAAACUGAAUUCCAUGCGGACGAAGUCGCGGGCGCCCGCUCGUAUUAAUUAUAUUUCGCAAGUAAUGUACCUAAACCAAAGAAGUUUAUAGUUUUAAUAAAUGGUUUUUUUACAAUGACAUGUAUUUGGU